AUGUCUCCUCUUGUUUCACUCUUCCUCCUACACAUAGUAACCGCGUUCGCCACCCAACUCCACCCCGGUUAUUACUUGGGAACGUGCCCAAAAGCCGAAAUCAUAGUCCGAGAUGUCAUGAAGAAGGCUUUCACCAGAGAUCCCCGGAGUCUUGCUUCAAUCAUGCGCUUCCAAUUCCAUGAUUGCUUUGUUAAUGGUUGUGACGCUUCUUUGUUACUUGAUGACACACCGACCAUGCUAGGAGAAAAACUCAGCCUCUCAAAUAUAAAUUCACUAAGAUCUUAUGAAGUUAUUGAUGAAGCCAAGGCAGCCUUGGAGAAGGCCUGUCCCGGAAUUGUUUCUUGCGCUGAUGUCAUAAUCAUGGCUUCUAGAGAUGCUGUUGCCCUGACUGGAGGACCAGAUUGGCAAGUGAAGUUAGGAAGAUUGGAUAGCUUGACAGCAAGCCAAGAAGCCUCAGAUAAUGUCAUGCCAAGUCCAACAUCCAAUGCAACUUUCCUCAUAGACCUCUUUGGCAAAUUCAAUCUCUCUGUCAAAGACCUUGUUGCCCUUUCGGGCUCACACUCCAUUGGCAAAGCUCGGUGCUUCUCCGUCAUGUCUCGGCUGUACAACCAAUCCGGCACAGGGCGGCCAGACCCUGCUUUUGAACCAAAGUUUAGAGAAAAGCUAAACAAGCUUUGUCCCUUAGAUGUGGACCAAAACGUUACCGUAGGACUUGAUGCUUCACCUGUUGUGUUUGAUAACCAGUACUUCAAGGACUUGGUUUCAGGGAGAGGGUUUCUGAAUUCGGAUCAAACACUUUGUACAUUUCCACAGACUAGAGGACUUGUGAAGCAGUUCAGCAUUAACCAAGGAGUAUUUUUUAAGGCCUUUGUGGAGGGAAUGUUAAAGAUGGGUGACUUGAAGGUGGAUCAGCCUGGGGAGGUGAGAAAGAAUUGCAGGGUGGUUAAUUAUUAG